AUGGUAUUGGGCAAGUUUAAGACAUCUUCAACUGUGGACAAGGUUUCAUCUCUUUUGUCAUUCAGCAGCUCCGAUGUACAUAUCCACAACAAAGAUACGGGGAUCUGCCGGCAAGGCAUUCUUACUGAUGCUGGGAAAAGAUUGCAACUCGCCAGAAUGCUUUGUCUCACCAUUUUCCCCAUCAUAUUGCUGUGGGGCUUCACCGUGUUUACUCUCACAGAAUCAAUCAAUGAGAAAUCAACUGCUGAGGAGAACAUGUUCCAGUUGCUGUUUACGAAAGAACUAGGUCAGUUAAUUCAUCACCUACAGCGAGAGCGAGAUAUGAGCGUCCUGUACCUCAGCGCUCUAGGACCGGAAACGAGGACAUUUUUAUUAGAUGAAUACAUUGAAACAGACGACGCACUUACUGCCCUGACGACAUGGCCAAGCGACGCGACGCGAUCGGGGUGGCAAGACGAAGAGUUUACUUCACGCGAGACGUUACUUGCUCAUCUAUCGCGUCAUAGACAGUUUGUGAAUAAGAACCAAUAUGAUAUUUACGUAGAAAUUGACUUUUACAAUAAUAUCAUUGAUACCAUGUUGUUCUGGUUUAUGCGUACCGUCAUUAGUGGUACAUUUGCUACUGUCUGGAGAGAUCUGAUAGCUUACACCAAAAUCACUAUUGGAAAGCAAGACGUUGGCGUAGAAAGGGCUUUAGGAACAUAUUUCUUUGUGAAAGGCGGUUUUAACAGUCAGGACGCGUUUGAAUUGUACAAUCGACGAGUACACAAAUUUCGAGCCUUUUACUAUACAGCACACAUGUAUUCCAAUAUGGUAGACAACAUGUACAAAGAGGGUUUCUUCAGCGCUUCCUACAAUGUUACAGAAACAGUCAACUCGUACAGAUAUGAGAUACAAAACUCUGAAGAAUACAGCCAAAGUGCAAAUGUCGUGAAAGCACAGAAAUGGUUUGAUAACAUGACCGUCUAUAUGGACGCACUUCUCGGAAUACAAGUUAAACUUGGUCAAAAUAUCAUAACUAAGAUCGAUGCGAAAAUUAUGGCGAUCACGGAGACCAUGGUGAUAAGCAUCGUGUGUUUAGUAAUCGUCCUUUUCAUUUGUCCAUGUGUUGUAGUAUCGACGGAGGCUCUGACUAGUAGUAUUCAAAACUAUGCUAUCAUACUCGUUCACAAGACAAAAGAACUUACCAAAGAGAAGAAAAGAACAGAUUCACUCCUUUACCAGAUGGUACCCAAGCCAAUCGCAGACAAACUGAAGAAAAAUGUACAUAUUGAUGCAGAAUACUUUAAGUGUGCUACGGUAUUUUUCAUCGAUAUCUUUGAUUUUAAUCAACUUGUGAUGGAAAGUUCACCGAUAGAAAUAGUGGAUUUGUUGAAUGCCGUCUACAAGAAUAUUGAUGAACGCCUUGAUAAUUUCGAUGUGUACAAAGUGGAAACAAUCAAUGAUUGUUACAUGGUUUCUUCAGGAUUACCAAAACGGAAUCGGGAUCGCCACGUUGUCGAAAUAGCUAAUCUUGCCUUGGUCCUGCGAGCCAUGAUUCUAGCCAAGCCGUUCGUGCUUUCGGGUGAAAGAGUUAUCAAACUGCGCUUCGGAAUUAAUACUGGACCAUGUAUGGCAGGUGUAGUCGGCCUGUUAAUGCCGAGAUAUUGUCUAUUUGGUGACACCAUCAACACAGCAUCCAGAAUGAAGUCAUGCGGAAAACCCAAUAAGAUCCAGGUGAGCCACUCCACCUAUUCCCGGCUGAUGAAGUUUGGUUACUACAUACUGAAACAAAGAGGUAGUAUCUAUGUAAAGGGGAAAGGAGAGAUGCAGACCUACUGGUUGCUAGGUAAACAAAGUGACAGUUGCAGAGCUAUGAGCAUGGCAAACGACUCCUUCGAUGACAUUGAUGAGGACGUGACUGAAAACCGCUUGCCAGGAGAACUGACACAGUACAAUGAUGCUCAUUUGUCAUCUGCUCUGACAGUUCCACUACCAGGUCGGGUUUACUCCAAUAGACAUGUCAAAAGGAAAGGCAUGAAGGUCUCGCCGCAGAUUAAAGCCACACAGCAGGACGAAAUGGAGGAUGAAAGAUCGAAGUUUCAAUCGAAUGUCCCGGAUGAUCAUUUGGAUGAUGAAACGGAGACUGAAAGAAGUCCCUCAGUUGCAGAGAAACCUUUAGCUAAUGAGGAGGGGACUCUGAUGGAAUAUAACCAAGAACGAGUAUCGAUGGACGCCGUAGAAUUUGAUAACGAAGCUGUAAAUGUCCAUACAGUGAACCUGAAACCGUCAGAAGAAGCAUUGGUGUCCGAGGCCGUCAGCUCAGAACCACAGUAA